AUGCGUCAAGAAAACGUUACAGAAGGCAGAAGAAGUGAAGGCAAGUGUUUCCCCCCUUUUUUUUAUCGGGUAAGGUGUCUCUGAUUGCAUCGAACCAAUCAAUCUCAUUGCGUUAAAUUUUAAUCAUAUAGGCAGAAGUCCUUCAAGCAAUUUACAAGGAAUACACGUAUGAUGAGUUUCUAGAUUUCAGUAAUUCAACAGUUGAACUGAACUGGAAAGUCAACAACCUCCUAUCUGAAAUAGAGAAUGUCUCAGGUAGAUUGAAGGUCAGUAGACAUGAAAGACAAAAGAAACAGCUGGGGACAGUUUAAUAACACUUUUACAAGUAAUUUUACAAAAGUAAUUUACAAAUGUAGCAAUUGUUUUAGAGUCUGAAGACAACAGCUACACUUGUAAAUUACGCUUGUAAAAGUUUUAUUAAAUUGACCCUCAGUUACAUCUGACAAGUUUUGAUGAUCACAGUGAUGAUGAUAAUUAUCAUCAUCAUCAUCAUUACCAGCAACAUCAUCAUGGUCAUCACCAUCAUGUGCAUAAAAAACAAUCACAAUAUUUAUUCUUGCAUUGUAAUGUUUAAUAUUAUUAUAUACAAGCUUAACAAUAAUGAAGACAAGGAAAAAUCAUCUCCAAAGGAUGUUUCUAGCAAUGGUCUUCAUUAGGUAAGGGCCAAGUCGCACUAGAGGACAAAACUGUUUAUUUAUGUCAAAAAUCUGUCAUCACAAUGAAAAACCAAGUGCGACCGGUUUGUUCACCAAAGGACAAAAUUUGGUCGCAGACGGACAAACUUCAAAGAUGCCGUCGACUACCUCUGGAGCAGGCCAAAUUGAGACAAAUUUUGGAAAACAAUAGCAAGGGUGUUUUAAUUCGGAAAUGAUUUGACAGGUGAUUUGUAGCAGAGUCUCUAUGCUAUAGACUUCGUUGGUAAAAUUAAUCACGUUCUCAUUUCGCAACAACAUGAAUUCGCGGGCGACAAUUUUUUUCCGCACGAAUAUCCACAAUAUCCACCAGGAUGGAUCUAUCCUUUGCCAGGCCCUUACAUGUUUAAUGAUCGAGGAAAUCCCAGCUCAUCUUCUUCGACCAUGAGUGCUGACUCGUUGCCAGAAUCCCUCCGGUUCAGCGAAGAUUUAAUGCCGCCAUCAACCCCAUGUUCUUAGCCCCGUGCAUCUUCGUCAGCCGAGAACAAGAAGGCUCAGGACAGAUGGAGUAAAGAAGCUUUUAGUUCACUGGACUGAGGGCUGAAAAGCAUGGUGUUGUGUUUUGUUCACAGAUUUUGUUCUUAAGUGCAACUGUAGCUUUCCGGACAAAUUUUUUGUCUCUGGCCGAUUUCAAGUCGGACUUGUCCAGAACAAAUCUGAAAUUGCCCUCUAGUGCGACUUGGCCCUAAUUAACAUUUGUUUGAUUGCGUUAAAAAUUGUUAAACGCAUUUAUAAACAAAUUAUUGGUGGCAGUCAACAUCCCUUCAACUAUUAUUAAUUAACAAACAUUAGUGUUAAACAAGUGUUUAAAAAGGUUGAAACAAACCUUGUCAUUCAGGAGAUGCCUUGUCUCGUGUUGGAAACAAGUUAAGAUCUGGUCUCCAUCCAGAGACGAUUUUAAAAUGUGUGCAAUCAACUCUCUAAGAUGGACACCCAGAGUUAGUCCCUGCUGUACUUCAGUGGGUGCUGCUUCAGCAGUGUCUGCCUUAAGAGACUCGACGACACAAGUGUUGUUUAAUUCCUCUUGGAAGACAGUUGAUGUUAAGUUGAUUCAAGAUUGUUCUCUACAUGUAAAUAAACUUCACUUAAUGUCGUUGUUUGCUUUACCUUAAUUUUAAACUCAUUAACUAAACACUGCGACAUUAACUGUAAUUUUUUUCCAGAAUUCAGUUGAGGGACCUCUUGAGGCUGCCUCUUGUGAACAUAGUGAGCUUGUGAGACAGUUGAAGGAAACCGAUGCAAUUGCUGAGAUUCUUGGAAGACUUUAUAAGGUAGAUGAAUUAUGAGGAAUCCAUAAGCACUAAAUUAGUGAUUAUGAAAUCCUUGAAAUCUGUAUUAACCCUUUAAGCCCCAAAAGUGACCAACAGCAAAUUUCUCCUAACGAUAUCCAUACAUUGUCAUGAGAUUUGGUGAUGCGAAUUAAGAAAAUAAUCACCUAAGAGAAAAUACUUUGAUCUUUUAUCAAUUUCUCUUAACAAAUUGUUAAAGAAAAUGUAUAGAGAUCAGUUUGGAGAAUUUGUAUGUGGAUAUUGGGGCUUAAAGGGUUAAUGUUGACAAAAAAGAUGUGUCCAUUUCAUACAGGUCUGAUUUAAAGAAAAUCUUACUGUUAUUGUUUAUCUUACUAAUGUCAAAAUAGAAAUUCCCCUCUUUCUUUUCCCUAUAUGUUUCUUGUUAAAGUAUUCAGGAGAAGCUGGUUAAAUGGGUCAUGUAGCAGCUGCUCAGGAGAGAAGUCACCACUGAUGCGUUUCCCUGACCCCAAACAAUACUAAAACAAUUGGAAGAAUGACAUGUCAUUGUUUUCUGCGACCAAUUAGGAGAGACCUUACGAGUAGCUCCUACACUGCUCGGUAAAAUGAUCACUCAUACCUUGAGCAUUAAAUUUAUUAACUGACUGACUGAUUGAUAUAUAGAGGAUAUUACAUGGCCGCAUGGAGAUACGCAAUUUCUCUUUGAGUGUUGAAAAAUGUGAAAUAUUUUUUCAACACGAGAAGAGAAAUUUCGUAUCUCCAAGUGGCCAUGUAAUGUUCUAUUUAUUAUAUAAACACCAAUGAAAUACCAAACCAUUUCACUUUAAUAGCUUUUUGGUGUGAAAGGCGCAAUUUAUUAUGUAGCUAUAGCAACGGUGAUAUUUUCACUUGUGAAGAUAACAUGUUAUUUUCACAUGUGAAGAUAUCAAGUUUUCGCACGAAAGCUCACCUGGUAUUUCAUUGGUGUUUCUAUAAUAAAAUGAGAUAUUAUCGGGGCUUAAAACUGAUAGAGAGGUAAAUGCUGUCUGAGAUUGUUUUGUGAAACUAGGAAGAAACCUAACUAGUUACGUGUUUUGGUUGUUAUUUUACUGCUAGAUUCAUGAAGCAUUGGAUGCUUUUCCAGCUGAACUACACAAAGCUGCAUAUGACAAUGCCGCUAAACUUGUGCAAGAGACAGUAAGACAACUGUUCAUUGCUUCCUGGUUUGAUGCUCACCAUGUAAAUUUGUGGUUUAAAUUGCUUGUUUUUAAAAAGUCUGUUUAAAUGAAAUCUCUUUAUAGAAAGACCUGCUGUGGGAUUUACCCAAAGCUGGACAAGAAGGAAGGAUAUUUAUAGCUCUUAGGGUAAACAAAUUAUUAUCUUAUUGGUUAUUACUCAUGGUACAUUAUAUUUUUCUGAACUGCAGUGAUGAAGAAUACAUGUACUAUUUAUACGCAUUCAAGGCUGCCGCUAAAGACCUGGGGGCUGGAGAUUUUCUCCAGCUGCCAUGAAUGCUAGCCCUGUCAGCUUUCAUAGGAAAACAGGAGAAAAAUGGAACCAAAAUAAGUCUGUAACUGUUUGUUUCCUUGCCUACCUUUCACAUUAUACCCAGCAACUGUUUCGGUGCAUUGAUAUUACUUAUAUAGAGAAAAUGGUGUUUGAUCUUUGAGACUGUACACGGUUAAAUUAAAGUGAUCCUCAGACUGAUAACUUUUACCAACAUUUAGGAGGAAUGGCGACGUCAAAAAGCUCAACUUACAGCAACUUUAGAGAGGGUAUGGGCUAAGAGCAUUCUGUGGAUGACGCCAGCCACUGCCUCACUGGACAAUAGACAAGCACAUCUUAACACACAGCUCAAGCUUUUAACAAGUGCUGCUUGCAUGAAGAAUGUUCUACAUGCAAUGCAAGUAAGUUUGAGCUGCAUAUAAAUCAGGCAUUUUCGAGUUACCUCAAGCCUCUGUUUCAAAGUGAGGCCAAGUGUGGGGCCAUUGAUAUGAAAAUGAUAUAUUUUUUUUCAUGCAAAUAAAACUGAUUUUCAUAACAAUGAUUUUGUACUUAGCCUAGUUUUGAAAGUGAGAAUUUUUGGAAUUCAAAAUGGUCUAUUAUCCCAUUCUUUCUCGUGGGAGAUGAUCAGCAUGCCAGACUUGUCAGUUGUUAUAUACCAGUCUGCUCUGUGGAAUGUUUGAGGUUCAAGCUCCAGCUAGAUCACAAACAAUGCAUCUUAAACUCACUUCAGAUGACACUGCCUUUGGGUAGAACUAUUAGUAAAGGCAUUGGCCUUGUCUCCUUCUUCUGUACUUGUUUUCUCAAAGGGUAUGGUGAAGAACCCAAAAUGCUCUUUUAAAAGAGGUGGGGUGAACACUCCAUUUGUGUGGUUAUGACUUUGUGUGUGGGUGUGUUAGGUUUGGGUGUAAAAACUACUCAGGGGACCCCAUCCCUGAUACUUUUCACACCUAUUUUAUGUUAAGUUUUGUCACAAACAAACAAAACACUCCUGAUCAGUCAGAAUAAUCACCCAGACACAUAAGUGUUCAGUGAUCAAUUAAAUAGUGUUUAUUUUUUGUGUGUUUGUUUUUUUUUCUAGGUGCUUGGCAUUCUGGAGAAGAGAUUAAAAGCUUUUGGUAAUAGUCAAACUGUCACUUACAUUGUAAAUAAAAUUGGCAUUAUUUAUUCACAUGUCAUUAAUAACUUCUUUACUUUAUUUUUCCUUUCAGGAAAGAAAUUGGUUCAGUUUAUCUUCAGACCCCUAAUUUUGUUUCCUAGGUAUGAAACACUGUACAACAUAAACUAAGAUUAGGAAUCUAUGUUGUGGGUUUUAUUUUUGUUUUGGCUUUAAGUUUUGAAACCAGAUGGAUUUGCUCUCUUUUUCUGUUUGUGCUAAUGAAUGUGAAACUACAAUAAAUUUUUCUGAAAGAAUCAGUCCAUUGUAUUCAAAACAAGAGAGACUUAUUUUCUGAAUCAGAUAUGUCUAUUUUCCAAAAAUUCCAAGCUUUCAUGGUGAUAAUGAUGAUGUUAUAAUCACUGUCUGGCACUGUCUAUUUCUUUUACACAGCCUCAAACCAGAAGUUAAUGACAACAAAUCAGAAACCAUUGUAUCAUUUUCCAAGGAAAGUGGCAAAAAGGUCAUUGAUCCUGGUUAGUACAGUAUUAAUGUCGCCGUUUUGUGGUAAUGGCUUUUUGAGAGGCAUAACCACCAUCUUAUUUAGCAAGUCGGUCAGUCUUUCAGACAGUCAGUCACUUAUUUCAAAGUGAAAUGAGGAAUUACGUGGGUAAAUUUGUUGGUUUGUGAUAGGACAACAGUAUAGGAUGUGCAAUGGGUCUCUAAGAUUUUUUUGAUUUUUUUAAAUGUAGUGUGAGAGAAAUUAAUAUACAGGUCUUUACAUUCUCACAUUCAGCACCCAUUUUACAUUUCAAGAGAUCUUCCACUCUAACGUACUGACUUAUUGUUCAAACUUAAAAAUACCACACCCAAAUUCAAACUGAAUAUUAUUGUUAUUCUUUGCAGUAUCACUUUACACAAAGUCUUCUGUAGUCCUUGCUGUGUUGAGGAAGUUCUUUGAUGGGACAAGCGUAAAGGAAGAGGGUGAAGAAGCCAGGGAUAAUAAUGUCUCCAGUACUGCACUGUUUUCAAAACUGGGUAAAAUGGCAAUGUACUUAUUUGUUAUAAAGCACAAGCCGGUCGGGAAACCUGUUUUAUGUAAUGUGCACAUUGUAUAAACAACAACAACAACAAAUCUAAAUAGUGAGUAUGUUUUGAAAAGGGGCCAGGCUUAAUCAUGAGUUGUUGCCAUUGCUGUUAGCUAAUAACCUCACUAUUAUCUUAUCCACAGGUGAAUUUCUGUGGCCAGAUCUUUCUGAAAUCAUCAUCUCUGAAUGCCUGAAAAGAUCUGUUCCUAACACAAGUGCACAGGUACCAUAGGUAGAAUAGGGUGAAACAGAAAUGAAUCAAUAAAAAAGAAAUGUGUGAAAAAAGGCAACAGUAUUAACCGGAUUCCAGAUUGAAUUGAUUGAAUCUUCUUAACCCUUUUGGUCCCAAGAGUGACCAACAUCAAUUUUCUCCUUACAACAUCAGUAGAUCAACAAGAUUUAAGGUUACGAUAAUUACUAAAUCGAUCAUCACAAGGAGAAUGCUUUGAUCUAAAAACAAAUUCUCUCAACUAUUCUUUAAAGAAAUGUAUGGAGCUCAGUGUGGAGAAUGUGUAUGUGAUCUUGGGACUUGAAGGGUGAAAGGUGGGAAAAAAGGUCAGGAGAUCUUUCGAGGUUGCUUGAAAUUAACAAAUGUUGUUCAAGAUCAGGUAGAACUAAAAAAAAUUAUUCUGAAUGACAGAGCAUUAUGGGAAGAGUUCAGGAAAAAUUAAAAAAUGUUAAACCACAUUCUUUUUCAUCUUUCAGUUUUCAAUAAUUUUAAAAGACUUAUCAAUGAGGCAAACACAGUAAGAAUAGUAAUGUAUAAAGAACCAAAGCAACCUUUUUAUGUUGAGAUACUGUAACAUGAAUUUUAUUUUGUUUUUUGCCUCUCUGUUUACAGCUAGAAAAGUACCAAGACAUUAUAAAAGCCACUGAGGAGUUUGAGACAAAGCUUGUUUCAUUUGGUUUGUUUUAAAUUGUAAUUCUAAUUAAAUGAUGAUCUUCCAAAAUAUCAUGAAGAACUUGCAUACUGCAUAGAUAAGCCACUGUAACUUUUUAAAAACCCCUUGGUCACAAAUAGCAUUUUUGGAGUGUUUGUUAACAUUUCCCAAACCCUCCCUCUUGAUCAGCACAGUACCACAGGAAAGUACAGCUCAGCAGCUUUCAAUUGAAUGGUAACAUCAAGGGAUUUCAUCCACAGACUCAAAAGUUAGAACUACCUUAAACAACGUAAUAAACAGAACCACAGGAAAGUACUGCUUGACAGUUUUCAUUUGAAUGUUCAAACCAGAGAGUAGGAACGGCCCUGUUGUCAUGUUAAAGGUCAGUGCAGAAGAGUACUGCUGGGUAGCUUACAUUGAAAUUGACAUGACUGGUUCUAUGAUUUGACUGUUGCAGGCCUUGUCCCUCACGGAACAGACAAUCUGACCUUAUUUGUCAAGGAUGUUGGUAUUCACUUUGGGAAUAAGAAGGUAUUUUAAAAAGACGUAUAGUGUUCUGAUAAUUCCCAUGCAGGUUUAACGUGAUUUGCUAUUUUUUUUUGAACAUGUGAACUGAAGCAAAUCUGAGUUUUCAUUUUUUACACUUCCUUGUUAGUUCAAAUUGGCCGAGUGAACCAAAGGAAAAAUAGCAUGUAAAAUGGCUCAGAAAAAAGACUUGAAUACCAGCUUGUUAACUGGGUGAGCAGCUCUCCUAGUUUGUUUGCCCAGGGUUGGCCAGGCUAAUGAAAUUUAGAGAGCUUGAAGGAGUAAGAACAUUCAUUGAACGUUAAUACUGAUAAUUCCUAAGCUAUUAAUCAUUUUUAAAAUAUGCUUGUUUAGUGCCAAGAUCUUCUUGUUGCUGCUCAUGAUUUAAUGAAAGAUGACAUACACAACACGGUACUGGUGGACAGCAGUGUGGAUAGAGCAGCUCUUGUUAGCCUGGGUGAUGUAGAGAAAGCAUUGCAAAACGUGAAAGGAACAAAGGUACAAUCUAUUUUCAUUGGCUGCAAAACUUCCCGGAAAAAUGUUCAUCUACAGAGGUGUUGAGUUCAGAGUGGCAUCUUUAUUUUCAGUACAAGUCAGUACUCUGAACCCAAACUGAAUAUAUGACAGAGCCAUUUUUUAUUUCCAGAUAAUCUUUUAAUCCCAGUUAUGACUCAACAGAACUAGACCACCAGGGGCUGAUCCAGAAAAUUCAGAUAGGGGUAAUUAAGAGGACACUUGGCCGAGAACUCUUUAAAAAUAUUAGAAAAUUUCACGGAAAAAAGGGGGCGUGGUCAACUCGACCCCCUAAAUCCACCUAUGACCACCUAAGGGAACUUCAGCAGCAAGGAGGACAACAGUAGCUAAAAACAGAAGUUAAUUGUAAACUAUUGCUCUUUAAACUUCACGAUCUCUUGUUUCUCGUUUGCUCAUCCAGCAUGAAGCACUGAAGAAAGAUGCAGGAAGCACUUUAAGCAAGUUUACAUUUCACCUGCCAACCUGCCGAGUUAGUGAAAGUACAAAGAAGUUAAUGGACCUCGCUUAUGAAACUCUAAUAGAAGCCACUCAGUCAACACCACAAUGGUAUGAAACAAAAAACUGGUUGUUUUGGGAUUGUUGCAACUCAUUUCACGAUAACAUUUACCUUAACGUGUCAGAUGUUUUUGACCGGUGAUUUAAAGGAAUUGAGCUGCCCGCUAAAUGCAUGAAGUUGUAGCUGUCAACGGUCUUUUCAAUUAAGGUGUAAGUAAUACUCUAUGUCCCAGCACAUCAUUCAAGUUUACUAGUAACCAUGGACUGGUCAUGAGAUAAUGUAAUUUAGUUGACAUGCAAUUUAUCAACGUUUAUCUUAGUUUGAGGAAGCUGAAUCAUACAUAAGCUUUCUAUUUUUUUUUUUUCAUGUUUUUACCUUAAAGUUAGAUUUAAAAAAUACAGAUAAUGUUGUAAAUAGUUUUUACCGUUUUUGUUUUUCCAGUGGUAUUCUACUCUUCUACACCGUAAGGAAUAUGUUUGAGUUGUACUGUAACGUGGUGCCAACCUACCAUGAAAAACGUUUGGUAAGUAACACAAUCUCUUUAACUCUGUGAAUUGGUUUCAUUUCAAUGGUCGCACUAUGCUGCGCUUAAUUUGUUGGUGCAGGUGCAAGUUGGAAGGUGUUAGGAUAAGUGCUUUAGUUCAAGUCACACCCGCAAAUUAAACCCUCAGGGUCACACAAUGAGAUUGCCUCCUCAGACUUGAAUGAUACCUGCUACGCCAUUUCCAGUGCCUGUGCUAGCACUGGCAUCAUUGCAUCGCAAUUGAAAACGGGAUAAUUCAAUGAACAACAACAACGGAAAACAAGGCAGGUGACAAGGACAUAACGAUCGCGUACCCCAAGUGUAAACCUUCCGCUGCUACUAUUGUCACACGUGCAAACUACAACGGAAUCCUAAUUUUCGAAGUAUCUUGGAAAAAAAUUUUUUUUCGAAUUAUGAAGAGGUUUGAAAAAUCAGGGGUAAAAUUACAGUGUGUGACAGGUGAGGGGAAGUUAGAUUUGGUUCAAAUUAUCGGGAAUUUAAAAUAAAAACUUGGUUUUGAGAAAUUUGGGAUUGUAAUGUAUCCUAAAAGUAAAAAUCUAGGUUGUCUCUCAAAUAGUCUUUUUUAGUUGUAUGUUUUGUUUUCCCAAUUUAGACCAUGUGAUGUUCUCAAGGAAAUUUGCCUUUUGUCUUUUUUAUAAAUUAUGCAUAUAAUAUAUCAGCGUGGAUGCACGUUCAUGGUACGACACUUGAAAAAGGCUCUUGUCUGGGAUAACAUGACGUGGUCUGAAAUUGGAAAACAAAACAUGCAAGCUAAAAGUAAAAAGUUCUAUUGCAUGUUACAUUUUGUGAUGUUUUAUCUGUUACAGAGCACGUUACCCCAGUUAUCAGCGUUAUACCAUAACAACUGUAUGUACAUAGCCCAUCAUCUUCUCACCCUUGGACACCAGUUCAGACCCAAACUACCUGAACCACUCAAUCAGAGUGUGGCAUCGUUCGUGGACCUGGUACCAACCAUCAGACAGAUGGGCGAGAAAUGUUUCCUCGAGCAGCUAGUUAGUAGCCACGUUAUGUAUAAUUUAGAGGGGCACUCUUAUCGAACCCGGGUACUCUAACAACUCUCGAACACAGUCUGCCCAAUAGAAGUACCCGAAUAGAAAGGCUUCAGACAAGUAUGCCUUGCGGAGGUAGCAGCUUUCAGCAAGUUGACUGUCUUUUAGAGAUUACUUCUAUGUUUCGGUCUUUUCAUAACUGGAGACAAUCCACCUUCUGAUUUAUUAUCCAUGUUCCGUCAAGUACUUCGACAUAUUUACGGUUUAGAACAGUCUCAUUUUCACGUUUUACUUUGGACAUCAUCAGAAGAUAUACACUAAAUGAACAUGGGCUUUCUUUAAAGGGCUGUCUAGUAAUAUGCUCACGCUUAUAAGACAGUCACGGGCGGAUCGAGAAAGUUCAGUAACGGGUGGCCGGGACACUUUGCAGCUAUAUAGAUACUAUGUAUUUUACUGAGAAUUAUUUAAAAGUAAUAGAAAGUAUCAACGUAAAACGGGUGGCUGUGGGCUUUAUCCGUCCAUGACAGUUAUCGAGUCUGAAGACGCAGUUCAUAUCUGGCGUACAUUCAGUGGUAACUAAUUUCAACUGUUUUCUCUCUCUCUUUCUCUCUCUCUCUCUCUCUAGAAAAAGCAGCAGUCCAAUUUAUUGGAGUUAGUGAAGGCCACAGAAGGUUUUGCCAAUACACACGAGGAUGCGAAAGGAUUACAAGUUGAAAAGACAAUGAAACAGGUUAAGUUACAUUUUAACUUGAAAUUAGUUCACGCCCCUUGCCCAUUGCUUGAUCUACCCUUGUACUUUACACAGUGAGGUGUACUGUUAACAGAGUUCGUUUCCAUUCAACGUUUUUAGUUCAUAUAAGAAUUUGGACAUGCGCUAUGUCGCCCCUGGCAUCUUAUGUAAGGAAUUUUACUCGAAACCAAGUCGAUCAUGUAUUUUUCCUAGUUUUUACUGACAACACUUAACUCUGCACACUGGCACUUCUUUCCUAUUUCCUGCUUUUCAUUUUACACUACACUUUCAGAUUAUUCACCUGCUGACUUAUCUCGGUAAAAUAUGGAAUGGUAUUCUACCAGUUGAUAUUUACUGUCAGUCUCUGGGAUGUUUAUUUGAUGACGUCCUUCAACGCAUAACAUGGGAAAUCCUUCAACUUGAGGUGAGAGUAUCUUUUACUUUAAGAUUUUAAGUGUCCGGAUAACCAUAAACCACCCAAUGUUCGCCCUCAUUCUGCAAGAUCACUAGAUACUGUGAUGGUCUUAACAACAGCAUAAACGUCUCUGUCUGGACUUCAAACGUCUUCAAACAAAGUGUUUCGCUAAGUGCAGAGAGUAGGCUUUGCCCAAAGUCUGUGAAUUGACCCCCCGGGGGAGGGUGGGGGGACUCCCAUAUGAAAGGAGCGGGGAUACUCGUCGGGAAUUUUGAAUGAAACCCCUAAAGGAGACCAAUUUGGCUGUGGCCCAACCUUUUUUUUGACCCCUAAAAGAGAUUAUUUCAAACUUUGAUUAAAUGAAUCGAGUAAAUAAAACGAAUUGAAAAUACAUAUCUUUUUUAUAUUUCUUCGCGUGCAACCCUAAAAGAGACCUUUAUGGCUAAAUAUAAUGGCGUUUUGAACAGAGCACCCUAAGUGAGACCAAAAUCCUAAAUUUACACCCCUAAGGGAGACGACGAGUGUCCCCGCCCCUUUCAUAUGGGAGCCCCCCCCCCCACCCCAGGGGUGACCUUGGUUCGUUCUAAGUGUGCUUUUGCCAAUGCAUGUAAAUUUAAGAGUUGUUAUGUCUUGAAAUUAGGAUAUCUCGUCGGAGGAAGCCCAUCAGCUACACACAUUGCUUUCCAUACUUGAACAGCGAGGCUCGGAGAUAUUUCAAAACAAGGAUACAGAUUUAACAGAAAAUACCUGGGUAGGUGUAGUUUUUUAAUGCUAUAGAUAGAAACUUAUCUCUAUGAGCCAUUGGGAAGGACAAUAGCUUGCACUAACGAACCUGACCCUGCUUACUCGUGUGUUAAGAAAUGUUACUUUUCGUAUUGCAGGACAUAUGCACUGUUGUACCCCACUGGAUUCGAUACAAGGAGUUAAUAGGGAUCUUAGAAGCCAGUUUACAAGAUAUUGUUGAUCGUUGGGCAGAUGGAAAGGUACGUUUUAAGAACUUGAACUCUUGGCUUUGUUACACUACGCUGGCUUAACACAGUCAAGUUUUUGUAAAUUAAGCCCUGGUGACAAUCGCAGUUACUUGUCAGGCCCCAGCUGUUCAAAAGGUGGAUGGUGCAAUUGGUUUCCCUAAUGCUUAUCCAGGGGGGCCCGGAAAGUUACUUUGACAAGAACAGUUUAGAAGACUGACUACGUUUAACACGCCACGGUCAAGCAUCACGGCAUGUGUCAGAUGCUUUUGACGGUCCUGGAGGCGUGAUUAUAGUUAAACCUACUAUAAUGUACUCAUCGUCGAUUUGGCUUUGCUUUAGUAAUUGGACUCACUCUUUCUCAAUUUUCCAGGGUCCAUUGGCGCAUGAGUUUAGUGCUCAAGAAGUUAGAGGGCUCAUAAGAGCCCUCUUUCAGAAUACGGACAGAAGAGCAGCAGUAUUAGCCAAGAUAAAACCGUUGCAAGGAUAGAAACUAACACUAUUUGCGAUGCACUUCAGGUAACGAGAGAAGGCCUUUAACUCUCAACCAGCAACCCAAAAGAACUUCUCUAAUGUUUGGCCUUUUAAUGGGUGUCUAUCUAACAGAGGUCCCGACCUAAGAAUUUACAGUAAUACAAAGUUGAACCGUUUCAACGUUGCCAACAAACGUAAAAGAGGCAAGCUUCCUUAAAAUAAAUGUGACUGCGUAAAACGAGAGUCGAUACGAAUUUGGCGCGGUCAUACUUUACGUUACGUAAUGGUGUCACAUAUGACUGCAGUUACCAGGAGCGUCAAGGUGUUUUUUUUUUUCGAGCAAAUUAGAAGUGGUCAUUUUACACCUACUGGGAUAACUAAAAGGAAAUAACAGAAGAUAAGGAAACCGUUCU